AUGCUAAGGCUCAAUCCCAUCAUCCAUCCGGAUCACAAGAAUAAACGUUUCCGUUUCGAGCCCUUCCUACGAAAAGAAUUCAACUUUGGCCUUGAUCCUGAUAGACCGGUAUGUCAGUUCUUUAACCCAAACCAGCCAGACUCUUGCCCUAAUGGACCCUACUGUCCAAACAAACAUGUAGCUGCCAUGUACAACAAUAAGAUUGUUUGUAAGCAUUGGCUACGUGGCUUGUGUAAAAAGAAUGAUCACUGUGAGUUUUUGCAUGAAUACAACUUGCGUAAGAUGCCCGAAUGCUUGUUCUACUCGAAAAAUGGCUAUUGUACUCAAACUCCUGAGUGCUUGUAUCUCCAUAUUGACCCUCAGCUGAAAAUCCCUGAGUGCUCGCAGUACGAGCGCGGAUUUUGCCCAGAGGGUAAGGAUUGUCCAAACCGUCAUAUUCGGAAGAUCAUGUGUCCUAUGUUCCUAACAGGAUUCUGUCCCAAGGGACCUGAGUGCGACUACAGCCAUCCUAAAUUCGACAAUUUGCCGCUCAAAUUGCGCGUGGGUCAUAAACGUCUCAUAAAGGGUGAAACUAGAGAGGUGGAAAAGAUUUCUUACGAUCAACCGUUGACAGAGGUGAAACGCUAG